UUUUUAUAUUUCAACCUUCAGCUCUCAGCAGAUGCAAACUGGCAGCCAAAGAUGCCGGGAAUCUUCCCUCUCAUUGUGAUUUUUAGUUACAGUGUACUACACUGUGCUUACAAAGAACAAAUCACUGACUGCAUGUCAAGUCACUGGAUUUGGAUUUUAAAUGUCUUCAAGUGUAUUAAUUGCAGUGUCAAGUGAACAAACUAAGUAGUCACAAAACAAAUUUAGUAGGAUAGUUUACCCAAUUUUUGGCAUUAAUUGACUGUGCAUUGAUAAAUAUGGUUGCACUCAGUGCAUCUUCACACUUAUAACCUUCAAACAGCUUCUGUCUCAGUAUCUGAGGCUGAUCUUAGACACAUCUGAUCACCAACCAAUGUCGUGGAAUUCUGUGAGAAAAAGAUAGAUAGAUAGAUAGAUAGAUAGAUAAGAACUUCAUUGAUCCUUUAGGGAGGUUCUGUUCAGGAAAUUCAAAUAUGCUGAUUAUUUAAAUGAAUUUACCAUCAGGACUAAGACCUCACAGCUACAACCAGUCUCCAUUUUUGAGUUUUGGAUUUAUGAUCAAAAGUUUUAAACAGGAACAAAGAAAGAGGAAAUUAAAACCAUUUGAGGCCUGAUUGACCAAUGAAACAAGAACUCAGUGUGAUGGGAAACCAAUAAGAUUUCAGGUUUUGAUGUAUCACCUGCAGGUCGAGAUUUCUGGUGAUAACACUUUGCAGUUGAUUUCCAGCCAAGCAGGAGAGGCGUGGUGACUCCUCAACGCAUGUUUAACUUUCACAGUCUGACUCUCAGCAGAUACAAACUGUCCACCAAAGAUGAGGGAGUACCUGGGGAAUUUUCCCUCUACAAACUUCAGCAUCUGCGCCACAGUCAUUCUGAUUUUUACUUAUAAUGUUUUGCUUGAGAGAGACAUGGAAUGCACUUGUGAAAAACAAACCCUCGACUGCGGUUUAUACAUGGGUCUGCCUUGUUUCAUCAUAUUGGUUUUAAUACUCUGGAUGGACAAGACAUUUCAGAGAACCUGCAGAUAUUCAUGUACCUCUCAGAGCCAGAAUCAGGAUUGGAGGCAGUGCUGUAAAGGUUGCUGCUCUUGCACAUUUUGUUGUGUUAUUGUUCAUCACAUUAUCAAGGCAGUUUUUGUUGGUGCUCUGUGGGUUGUAUUUGUGUUUUUAGAUGGAGACUGGUUUGUUUGUUGUGGGAAUUAUGGGUCUGAUCAACAGUUAGCGUGUAAAGACAAGAAAAACCUCACAGCUGAGGAACGAGUGAUCAUCGCUGAACUGAAAAACUCUUCAAAGGUUAUUGGCUCCACUUUACUCGUUGUUAUCAUUAUAUUAGCAGCCAUUAUACCAUUGUUGAAGUGGAAGAAAUGCUGUGAAAAAAUAUCAACCCAUUGUGACAGAAGAACUCUGUACAACAAACUGAUUUUAGAGGAGGAGGAAAAUGAAAUGACAGAGAUUUUGAGGAGAUCUGCAAAAAAACAGCUGACUGAAGGAAUUGAGAACCAACUAAAAGGUGAACAGUGGGAGGAGUGUUUUAAUGUUGCUGCAACACUGAUUAAAGACUCGACCAAACCAGAAUAUUGUGGUGAACAACAGCAGCCAACAGGUCCACAAGGAGAGCAACAACAACAUGAACCAACUGCAGGUCCAUCAGGAGUCCAGGAAGGAGCAGAGGGAGUAGGAGGCAGUUCCAGUGAGGAACAGAGUCUCCUGAGGAACAAACAGAGGUUAAGAAACGAUGAUUCUAAUGUUUAAACUUUAACAUAAUUCCACCUCCAGUCAACAGCUGUUUAACUGAUUCAUCACAAAUAUCACUGCUGUUUGUUUGUUCACAUUUAAAACUGUUUCCACUUUCUCUGUCUGUAACAUUAGUGAAGAGUUUAAUUUUGUUGUUAUUCAUUUCUAUAUUAAGACUUUGUUCAUUUAACUCUUAGAUACUGAACAUGAUAAUCACUGUUAUAAAGACUCCAUGAGGGUAAAUCCUCAGGAAACUUGAUCCAGAGUUAGUUUUUCUCAGUGUAAAUCUCUCUUUAUAUUGACAUCCACUCUGUGUAAAUCAUGUGGAGGAGGCUUCAUGUUAGAGGUGUGUGUGUGUCCUAAUGACACAGCUCAGUCCUCAUCAUCAUGUCUGUCUACGUCUGUGACUGAGGAUCAGUAGCUCUGUGAUGGAGACGCUAUUUCUAAAUGAGCUCAGAAAGAACUCGGACUUGUUCCUGAACAGCCACAAACACUGAUGAUUUUUCUAUGAGCUGAAAACAACAGAUUCACUGUUAAAACUGUAGAAACAGACUGAUGAUAGUUAGCUAGUUUCCUGUAGCUUUGAUUAAUUUGUAAUCAUAUAUUUCUGAUUGUGAUGUUUUUCUCUCGGUGUGCAGAAUAAAGUUUAAAGACAAAC